AUGUCAAUUGAUCCGCAAAUCAAUCAAAAAAGAAAGACAAAUCAGCUAGUUGAUGAAGAAGCAUCAGAUAAUGAAAAUGCUCCACCAACAAAAAAACCAGCUCGAUCAACUCGAUCAACUCGUCGCGAAUCAUAAAUUGGAUUUUCAUUCAAAGAUAUUCGUAUGUCUGGAUUUAAUUUUCGUUCAAUGAUAUUUAUACACUUGGAUUUCCUUUUCGUUCAAAGAUAUACAUUCACUUGGAUUUCACGUUUGCUCAAAGAUAUUCGUUCAUUUGGUAAGGUAUACAUUUUAAAUUAA